GAAAAGGAAUAGCAACAACAACAACAACCACAACAAGAGCAACUGUUGGGGGGCAAACACUUUUCCUCAAACUCAUUUGGCAACGCAGCUCCCUCCUGGCCGUCUCUGUCUCUGUCUCUGUCGUCUGUCUACCACGGCUACGUAAUCAUUGGGAAAAUAUCAGCAAUUUUGCAACAGUUUCAACACAACAACAACUGCAACAGCAACAGCUACAGCAGCAGCAGCAGGGGCAGCAACAGCAACAGCAAAGGCAACAAAAGUAAUUGAGCAAAACACAAAAAAAAAAGUAAGAGCCACAAAGAUGGUGUCGCGACGUAAAAUUCUAUCACGUUCACGCGAUGAUCUUAAUCUUGACCAGACAUUCACCCAGCAGGAGGAGGAGGAGGAUGUCUGGUACCAGAAGGAUAAACUGUACAAGGAACACAUACAGGAAGUGCUGGACAAAUGGACCCAAAUCGAUGACGAGAUCUGGGCCAAAGUAAUUGUCUUUGAGCGCAAUCGACGUGUGGCCAAGGCAUACGCACGGGCCCCGGUGCUGACCAUUAAUGGCUCCGACGAUGGCUUCGACGGCAUGCGAAUCGGCCUGUGCGGCUUCGACAAUCCGAUGCGGGACCAGAAGACGGACGAAAUGAAGCGCGUCAUCGGGCAGGGCGUGAAGAUCAAAAUGGACGAUGCUGGGAAUAUACUCGUCCGCCGCUAUGCCAAGAGCAAUGUUUACGUCAAGAGCACCGCCAGCAGUCCCAACGAGGAGACCUCCAUCGGUGCCGAAAUCUUGAAGCUGCCAAAUCAGGCGCUCGAAUCCGAAAAAAUAGUCAAGCUCUUCGAUAUGAAGAAGUUUCAAUCGAACGUAAAUCGUGAACUGCGCCGUGCCUAUCCAGAUCGUCGACGCUUGGAGACGCAGUGCCUGUCGGCCGUGGCCUUUGUCAAAUCGGAGAGCGAUGUCUUGGAGUGCCCCAUUUGGGUGCUCAUUGUGAAUGUGGUAGCCAUGGAUAUGCUUAAGAGCAAGCUGCCACCAGUGCAACGCCCCAUUGUGGACAUUAAGAAUCGCCCGCGCAUACCCAUACCCGAUGAGGAUCCCUACAGCGUGGCAGGCAAUGGCAGCGGCGGCAGUUCGGGCAGUUCCGGAUUUGGCAGCGCACACCAACAGCAGGCGCAUGCCCAGCAGCUGGGGAAACACAUGAACAACGGCAAUAACGGACAUGUGGCAGCCACGCGGGAGCAGCUGCUGCUGCAGACGCAACAACUGGCCCACAAACGCAGCGAGAAGCCGCCCAAGCUGCCGCCCAGGGACAAUGUCUAUGCACACGAUUUGAUUCCAAAGCCGGACUAUGAUGACAUUGAUUUGGAAACGCGCAUAAAACUGUCGCGCGGCAAGUCGGACAAGGGCAAGGACAACAAGAAAUACGAUGAUCCCUACUAUUGUGGACUGCGGGCACGUGUGCCCAACUUUGGCAAGUCGGGCAAGAAGGGCUCGGGCCAAGGCCUCAAGGAUCAGCGGGAUGGCAAUGGCAACAACAUUAACAUUAUUAAUAACAACAACUUAAGCAGCAAUGGGGGCAUGAGCACGCUCAGCCAGAAGAAGACCUCGAUGAUACACAAUCACUUGGCGGGCAUGCAUCCACAUCACAUACAGCAGCAGCAGCAACUGAUGGCCGCUGCGGCGGCAGCACAUGCUGUGCACCAUCACAAUGCUGGCCAGCAGCAGAAUCAUCACCAUCCGAUCUGGCAGACGCGCAGCUAUGAGAGCGGCAUAGGUAUUUAUAAACACAAAACGCACGCACUGCAAAUGCAAAUGCAAAUGCAAAUGCAACAACUGCAACAACCGCAACCACAGUCACUGCCAACGGACCUAACAACAACAGCAACAGCAAAGACACAAAGCACACCCAACAAAGCACGUAGCCAGCACCAGCAGCAGCAGCACCAGCACCACCACUUGACACCGCAGACCAGCACUCCGCACUUGUAUCCGCACGCACAUCCGCAUCAUAAGUACCAGCACCAGCACCAGAACCACCACAAUCACAAGCACAGUCACAUGCAUCAGUGCGAGCGGCAUGCGCGUCAGCAGCCCACUCUUCCACCCUACUACGACAACCUGGAGGAGUCGCUGGGUCGCCAGGUGACUCGCCGUCUCUCCACCCGUCGCCCCUUGGCCGAGAGCGCUGCUGGGAGCGCCUGCAACUGCGUGAGCUGCUAUGCACUGGCUCCACUCUGUGGUUCUGUGCCGCCGCCACGCCCCCAGCGAAGUCUCAGCCAGCAGCAGCUGCGCCGGCAUCAGCGACUGAGCGGCAGUCUGGUGGAGAAGCAGGCCGGUGUGGUCAAGUGGUGCAGCGAGAGUGACAUCUCGGUGCUGGAGCACGUGCAGGAGGAAGACCCGGCGGACGAGCGGUACGACGACUGCUACGAGUACGACGACUUCGACAUGGACUUUGACAUUGACGACGACCUUACAGCACGCAUGGGCUACAGCCGGGGCACGGAGACGGUGGACAUGUACGUGGAUCGGGCACAACUGCGCCAGAUCCAAGCGCCCGCCGUGCUGGCCAGCUCGCGCACCAAGUCCCAGUCCACCGAGAGCUUCUUCGAGCAGCCCAACGAGGAGGGCUCCCUGUAUAUGUACGGCGGACGCAAGCGCAUUGUGGCCAAGGCGCCGUCGGCGGCCAACAUCUAUGAUCGGGUGAGCGGCUCAAUGGACCCCGACAGGGGCUAUGCGAAUGGCAGAUUCAAUUUGGCAGCCAGGACACAGCAGUACCAGAGCAGGAGCAGAGCUGUCGGCAGUCACAAGGCGCCCGUACUGCCAUCGCCCAGUUGGCGGGGCGGCAAGCGACAGCAGCAGGAGGCGAAGCAUUUUCAAAACUCUGACAAACGACGAUAUGACAAUGCAACGAACAACAACAACAACAACAACAACAACAACAUAAGCAGCAGCAGCAGCAACAAGAACAAAAGACAGUUAACGAACAGCAACAAAAACAAUGACGACAUCUUGAAAAGCAAAAAUAAUUUCAAUAGUAAAACCAAAAGUAUAGCAACAUCAGCAUCAGCCUCAGCAGCAGCCCAGUCCCAAGUAGCGAAAGCGACCACAACAUCAGCAUCUAGCGGUGGAGCAGUAGCAGCAUCAGCAACUGCAGCAACAAUGACCACUAAUGCCAGUGGAGGAGCAGCAGCAGCAGCAGCAGCAGCAUCAAAAAAAGCAUCACCAAUAAUACAUGACCCAACAACGGCAAACAAUUCCCUGGCAGCAGCAGUGGCGGCGGGGCCGCCACCUCCCCCAGCUGCCAGAACUGGGCGCAGUGCCAGCCGCCUUGACAUCAGCGACAUGGAGUCCAUUUAUGGCUACCUGAAGCCACGCAAGCCGCGCAGCCUCAGCCUGAAGAAAAUUCAAAUACUCGACUAUUGAACGAACAACCCCCCACCGCCAUACGCAUACGUUUUUUUUACUGAA